UUGCUUUAUAUCGUUCACGCGUCCGGUUGGUGCCGCCUGCUUGCUGGCAAAAAUACUGAAGUACCACUUCAACUAAGUACAUUAUAAUUGUAUAUGUUCCUUAUCGCGGUACAUACAUACAUACGCACAUCGAGCUGGACUAUAAAAGCAAGAACUUCGAUUGAAGCGCACUUAGUUGGCGAUAGCUACUUCAACUAAUUUGCAAUGUUUGACAAAAUCGGCGUCGGGCUUGCAAUAUUAUAUAUAUUCAGCAGUGCUGUGCAUUAUGUGGAGCCCAGGAAUAUUAGAACUGUGCCGAAAUCUGAUGAUGGUGCCAAGUGUGGUUACUCGAGCUGUCAUCCAACGAAACCAAACAUGCUAAAUGUGCAUCUAAUAGCACACACCCACGAUGACGUUGGAUGGCUGAAGACUGUGGACCAAUACUACUAUGGGAGUGAAACACGAAUUCAGAAGGCUGGUGUGCAGUAUAUAAUCGAUUCCGUUGUGGAAUCCCUGCUGAGAGAUCCAGAGAAACGCUUUAUAUACGUGGAGUCAGCAUUCUUCUUCAAAUGGUGGAAGGAACAGACGAGUGAGAUGCAGGACCAAGUUAGAAUGCUGGUAAAUGAAGGCAGGCUGGAGUUUAUAGGCGGAGCUUGGAGCAUGAAUGAUGAGGCGACAACUCACUAUCAGAGCGUUAUUGACCAAUUCGCUUGGGGAUUAAAGCAAUUAAAUGAUACGUUUGGCGAAUGCGGUCGUCCACGUGUCGGCUGGCAAAUUGAUCCAUUUGGACAUUCCCGAGAGAUGGCUUCCAUGUUUGCGCAAAUGGGAUUUGAUGGCAUGUUCUUUGGUCGCCUGGACUAUCAGGAUAAGGAUGAGCGUCUGAUGACACAGAAAGCCGAAAUGAUAUGGCAUGGUUCCGCGAAUUUGGGCGAUAAAUCGGAUCUCUUCUCUGGCGCUUUGUACAACAAUUAUCAAGCACCGGAUGGCUUUUGUUUCGACAUUCUCUGCUCAGAUCAGCCAAUUAUUGAUGGCAAACAUAGCCCAGAUAAUAAUGUGAAGGAACGCAUCGAUGCGUUCUUUGAGUUUGUUAAUAAGAUGGCUACAGGUUAUCGAACUCCCAAUUUACUUAUAACAAUGGGCGAGGAUUUCCAUUACCAGAAUGCUGAUAUGUGGUAUAAAAAUCUGGAUAAACUAAUUAAGUACGCGAACGAGCGUCAGGCAAAUGGUUCGAAUAUAAAUCUCCUCUACUCCACACCCUCAUGCUACUUGAAGUCGCUACAUGAUGCUGGCAUCUCAUGGCCUACCAAGAGUGACGAUUUCUUCCCUUAUGCAUCCGAUCCACAUGCAUACUGGACGGGCUACUUCACUUCGCGGCCCACCUUGAAGCGUUACGAGCGUGACGGCAAUCAUUUCUUGCAGGUAUGCAAGCAACUGAGCGCGUUGGCGCCAAAGCGAUCCGAGGAAUUUGAUCCUCACUUGACUUUCUUGCGUGAGACCAUGGGCAUAAUGCAACACCACGAUGCUGUGACAGGCACGGAGAAGGAAAAGGUUGCUCUCGACUAUGCGAAACGUAUGAGUGUUGCCCUGCGCGCCUGUUCGACAAACAUACGAAAUGUGUUAAAUCAAUUUUCGACCGGACCCGGAUCCGAACCCACUUCCCAGCGGCCAUUUGAAUUUAAAACAUGUACCUUACUAAACAUAAGCAGUUGUGCCACAUCCGAGUCAAGCGGUCCAUUUGCAUUGACACUCUACAAUCCGCUGGCUCAUACAACCAAGGAGUAUGUGAGAGUUCCAGUUGCAGAUUACAAAUAUAUUGUCCUUGAUCCCACAGGCAAAAGCCUGACCACCCAAGUCGUGCCUGUGCCCAAACCUGUGGCCGCAAUCAAGCACAGAAAUUCGAUUGCCGAGUACGAGCUAGUUUUCCUGGCCUCCAAUCUGCCAGCAAUGGGCUAUAAGACGUAUUAUAUUCAAAGAGACGACAGCAGUCCAGUUAAUAUAAAGCCCACCGCUUUGCCAAAACGAGAAUCUAGCUACACUGUUAUUGAAAACGAGAAUAUUAAACUUACAUUCGAUACCAAUGGAUUCCUCUCCGAAGUCACAGCUGAUGGGAUGACGCGUAUGAUUUCCCAGGAAUUUUUAUAUUAUGAAGGAGCUACUGGAAACAAUGCGGAAUUCCUAAAUCGUUCCUCAGGCGCCUACAUAUUCCGACCCAAAGACAACAAUAUACGUUUUGCCACAGAUCAUGUCACAAUAGAGGUAUACAAGGGCUCACUUGUGGAAGAGGUGCAUCAGAAAUUUAACGAUUGGAUAAGCCAAGUGGUGCGAGUCUAUAAGCAGAGCACUUACGCGGAAUUCGAGUGGUUAGUGGGUCCCAUUCCAAUUGAUGAUGAAAUUGGCAAGGAAGUGAUAACUCGCUUCAAGUCGGACAUUAAGUCUGAAGGCGUAUUCUUUACCGACUCUAAUGGUCGCGAAAUGAUAAAACGUCAGCGCAAUCAUCGUGAUACCUGGAAUGUAAAACUACAGGAAACUGUGGCAGGAAACUAUUAUCCGAUCACCACGAAAAUCGCUUUGGAGGAUACGAUAGCUCGAAUGGCUAUACUUACAGACAGAGCUCAGGGUGGUAGCUCAUUAGAGGAUGGUGCCUUAGAAUUAAUGGUACAUCGACGUUUAUUGAAGGAUGAUGCAUUCGGUGUAGGUGAAGCCCUUAACGAAACCGAAUUCGGCGAGGGACUCAUUGCACGGGGCAAAACUCAUUUGUUUGUGGGUCAAUCCUAUCUACGCGCCGAUGUCUCUCUAAAGGCAAUCGAACGUCUUGUGCAGCUGGAGACAUUGCUGCCGUCAUGGAAGUUUUUCAGCAAUAUGGAAUUGUAUACAUCCGACCAAUGGCUAAGCUCAUUUACAAAUACAUACACUGGCAUUUCGUUGGUCCUACCCAAAUCUGUACAUCUGCUUACCUUGGAGCCUUGGCAUGACAACGAGUUGCUCGUACGUUUUGAGCAUAUUCUAGAGAAAGACGAGGAUUCGCGCUAUUCGAAAUACGUUCAAUUCAAUAUUAAGGAUGUGCUUAGUGCCUUCAAUAUUGAAAAUAUUCGGGAGACCACUCUGGAUGGAAAUGCAUGGUUAGACGAACAUAAACGUAUGGAGUUUGUACCUGAACCGGAGGAUGAGGCAUAUGAAGCCUAUGCCACAAUUGCGGAAUCUGCAAACGGUGGUCACUUGCUCUCAGCUGCAAAACCUCUACUAGGUGUUGAAUAUUCAAAGGAAUCGCUAGGCCCUGGAGAGCUAGGCGCCCAAAGUAACAGACUUAAGCGCAGUGCCAACGCGGGACAUUUUACAUUACAUAAACGACGACAGCAACAAGUUGGCGAAGAUCGCGUCAAUGUAUCUCUAAAAACAGAUGAUCGCGCAAAGUAUCUUAUAGAGCUAAGCCCAAUGGAGAUACGCACCUUUGUCGUGUAUUUGGCAAAAUAGCACGUAGAAACCCAUCUAAACACGAAGACGUCUAUAUUUGUAGACGUCGAUUGUGCUGGAUAAGCAUUUUUAAGAAAUAAACUAACAACAUAAAUGAGUCUAUAACUAACUAGGACCAUCCAGUUGCUUGUUUA